UACCUGUCUCCCCUGGAACUCCUCGCACUGGCCCACCUCAGCCCGACGCUGGCCUCACGGACCCGGGCGCCGGCCCGAGCGCUGCCUCGGAUUAGGUGUCGGUCGAGGUCGGCACGCCCCACCUUGUCUCCCCGCGGUUCGGCCAGGUCCGGACUGCUGUCGCCUCGUCGCCAUGGCGCCCACCAUCCAGACCCAGGCACAGCGGGAAGAUGGCCACAGGCCCAAUUCCCAUCGGACUCUGCCUGAGAGAUCUGGAGUGGUCUGCCGAGUCAAGUACUGCAAUAGCCUCCCUGACAUCCCCUUCGACCCCAAGUUUAUUACCUACCCUUUCGACCAGAACAGGUUCGUUCAGUACAAAGCAACUUCCUUGGAAAAACAGCACAAACAUGACCUCCUGACUGAGCCAGACCUGGGGGUCACCAUUGACCUCAUCAACCCUGACACCUACCGCAUUGACCCCAAUGUACUCUUAGAUCCAGCUGAUGAGAAGCUUCUGGAAGAAGAGAUUCAGGCCCCCACUAGCUCCAAGAGGUCUCAGCAGCAUGCAAAGGUGGUGCCAUGGAUGCGGAAGACAGAGUAUAUCUCCACUGAGUUCAACCGUUAUGGCAUCUCCAAUGAGAAGCCUGAGGUGAAGAUUGGGGUUUCUGUAAAACAGCAGUUCACUGAGGAAGAAAUUUACAAAGAUAGGGAUAGCCAGAUAACAGCCAUUGAGAAGACUUUUGAGGAUGCCCAGAAGUCGAUCUCCCAGCAUUACAGCAAGCCCCGAGUGACACCGGUGGAGGUCAUGCCCGUCUUCCCAGACUUUAAGAUGUGGAUUAAUCCAUGUGCUCAGGUAAUCUUUGACUCAGACCCAGCCCCCAAGGACACGAGUGGUGCAGCUGCAUUGGAGAUGAUGUCUCAAGCCAUGAUCAGGGGCAUGAUGGAUGAGGAAGGGAACCAGUUUGUGGCCUACUUCCUGCCUGUGGAAGAGACAUUGAAGAAACGAAAGCGGGACCAGGAAGAGGAAAUGGACUAUGCACCGGAUGAUGUAUAUGACUACAAGAUUGCUCGGGAGUACAACUGGAAUGUGAAGAACAAAGCUAGCAAGGGUUAUGAGGAAAACUACUUCUUCAUCUUCCGAGAGGGUGAUGGAGUUUACUACAAUGAGUUGGAGACCAGGGUCCGCCUAAGUAAGCGCAGGGCCAAGGCUGGGGUUCAGUCGGGUACCAAUGCCCUGCUUGUGGUCAAACACCGGGACAUGAACGAGAAGGAAUUAGAAGCCCAGGAGGCACGGAAGGCCCAGCUGGAGAACCAUGAACCUGAGGAAGAGGAGGAAGAGGAAAUGGAGACAGAAGAGAAAGAAGCUGGGGGCUCAGAUGAGGAGCAAGAGAAGGACAGCAGCAGUGAGAAAGAAGGCAGUGAGGAUGAGCGCUCAGGCAGUGAGAGUGAGCGGGAAGAGGGUGAUAGGGAUGAAGCAAGUGACAAGAGUGGUAGCGGCGAGGAGAGCAGUGAGGAUGAGGCCCGAGCUGCCCGGGACAAAGAGGAGAUCUUCGGCAGUGAUGCGGAUUCAGAGGACGCCGACUCUGAUGACGAAGACAGAGGACGGGCCCAUGGUAGUGACAAUGAUUCAGAGAGUGGCAGCGAUGGAGGUGACCAGCGGAGCCCCAGUCCCAGCCGCAGCCCCAGUGGCAGCGCCAGUCCCUUCCCCAGUGGCAGUGAGCACUCAGCCCAGGAGGAUGGCAGUGAAGCCCCAGCUUCUGAUUCCAGCGAGGCAGACAGUGACAGUGACUGAGUCCUGUCAGGGCCGGCGCAGAUAUGGUGAUUCUGUGCAGGAAGGCACUUUUCUGUGGUGUAUUUGUGAGCUUUUCACUGUUUCCCUUCUCUCCUCCAACCCUUUGCUGUUAAUAAAACCAGUUUCUCCCCUU